CCAGGAGACGCGUCAAAUCACUGUCAACUCUCAACGGCUGUGAUUGAAACCCCGUGUAUUUACCACUAACUGCUUUUUCUCUCUGUUCUCGGUAUCUGCGAGUAUUAGGAGGACCCGUUCACAAAACCGUACUGAAGUUGGAGUUACAUUUUCGAAGACUUACAUUUGAAAACUUUCGAUAAAGUGAAAAUAUGGCAGCAUACGGAAACGCCUGGGGCUCCUCGAGAUACCUCUGACUUGGAAGAGGGAGAAGUAAAUCCUGCGGUUCGGUUAACAAAAACAAACAAACAAACAAAUCAAACAAACAACCUGGACGGAUAUUCCUGAGCUCUUCUGGCAGAGGUCUAAAAAGUUUGUGAAGGACGUAGCGCGCAUUUCUGAGUCAGAUCAUCUGCCUCACUGUUCCUGAAACUCAUGAGAAAGUGAAGACUUGGAUGCAGAUAUGAGUUUUCUCCGCUAUUCACACACACUCCCAGUAAUGAUUUUGCUCACACAUGUGCUCUCGAGUGCAUUAGCAAAGCGACACCUCAUCUACUGGAACUCCACCAACACCAGGUUGACUAGUGAUGACUACUCAGUCGAGGUAAAUCUGAACGACUACCUGGACAUCAUGUGCCCUCACUAUCCAUCCGGCGCUCCGGAGAAAGGCCUUCCGGAGACACUGGCGCUCUAUCUGGUAACCGGGCAGCAGUUUCAGGGCUGCCGUGAAACGGAAGGAGCCAUAAAGAGAUGGGAGUGCAGCUCCCCGUACUCGCCCUUCGGCCCUGUUCGAUUCUCUGAGAAGAUCCAACGCUUCACACCCUUCUCUCUGGGCUUCGAGUUCCUCCCUGGACACCACUAUUACUACAGCUCCCUGUCUGUGGAUGAUGGACCCUCCCUUCCAUGCAUGAAGCUCAAAGUCAUCGUGUCCACUGGAAAUAAGGAGCAAGGAACUACAGCUCCCUACAGUUUGGCCCAAUCAGGAAGAUCUAGUGCAUUGUCUGUCCUCGCUCUCACCUCCAUUUCUCUUUUUUGUUUAUGAUAAUUGAAAGAUUUGACCCAACUAAUAGCUGCAACAUGCCAACAGAUCAUGUGGGAUUGUUCCCUAUCUGUUUCUAAGCACACACACACACACAUGUUCACACACUCGUUCAGCUCACUUGCCUUACUGUCAUGUAUUUGGAGUGGCACUAAUCUCUCUCCCUCCAUUUCCUCUCUCUCUGUCCACUCUGCGCCGCUUCAUUCUACAAGCGACUGGCACUAAUCUACCUUCAAAGCGCUCUUCCUGCUGCUCUUCUUUUGCGUAAUCCUUUCUUCAUUUAAAAAAAACACACACACACACACACACACACACACACACACAGCUCCCACCACAACCCCUCCCCGCCACCUCCCCCCAAACAACCGCAGCUUUUCUCUUACUGUACACUACUACUGAACUGAGCCAAAGGGGAGAAGACGAGGAGAGCAGUGGACGGUCCCUGUAGCACCUGUGCUGCUAAGAAAAAGCGCAGGGACACAGCAAGCAAGCAAUAAAGCUCUCGGCUCAUUCAUCAGCUCUCAGGAUCACAGGAGAAGACUUUAUUUUGCUCACUUUCCACCACGGAUAAACUGGAGCCAAAGCGAGACACACUCCAUAUGAAACAUUUAACUCAAACACCAAGAAAACUGAAACGCGUAUCGUUUUUAUUUAGAACGCAUGUGACAGGAGACGAAGCUGUAUCAGACACUCCUUUGGACCAACAGGAAGACGAUUUACUGCUUCCUGUCCAGGCUUAGACGGAAAUGAUCGCGCGCCACGCCUGUUCUCAUCUCAGCAACGGUGUAUCCGAUUGGACGGCUCGUUUCACAGCAUCGGUAACGUCAGGAAACGAUUGGUUAGCUCUCUCCACCGCUCCUCUCACUUAAGAAGACGAUUGGACAGUUCCCUGAGCAUGUAAUUCAGACAAUUUCAUUUUUUUUAUAUAUAUAUAUUUUUUUCUUCCAGUUCAUUUUUUUUCUAUCAAUGUUCUAUCUACAUUCAUAGAAUUCUAUAUGUACUGGCACCCAAUUCAAUUAUAUCAAAUUCUUUAAAUAUAUAAGAGAAUUUGUUGAAUAUUUUCAGGGUUUUUCAUUUUUAUUAUACAUUACAAAGUGAAUUCAGAACAUGCCGUAUGCUCAUAUUUUGCAGUAAUUAUAAAUAACUGAAAAUCGGCAGUGAUUUUUUUUUUUUUUUUUUUUAUUAUUAUUAUUACAUUGUUUUUUUGUAUUGGAAAUUUUUUACUUUUAUUGAAAAGUAACUCCUAUUUAAAUUCACUUAAAAAAUGUUUCUGUUUUAAAAAUUCUAUCUCUUAUGAUAUUGACCAAAUAAGUGUUUGGUCAUUCAUUCUUUUUUCUCUUUAUAUGAACUGCAGAAGUUUUUAUAAUGAAUCAAGUUAUUGAAGCACGGGUGCCGGUGCAUCUAAUCAAUUCCAAAUGAAUAGUGUAAAACAGUCCGUUUACACCGAAAAUAAUGUGUGCUGGAUUUUUUUUUUUUUCCUCAUGAUUUAGGGAUUUUGUUUUCUCUGUAUAAUUUGUGUUUUUUUUUUCACAUUUUAGUGAAGAGUUUGGUGUCUUCUGUGAAGAAUUCCAGGUUUAACCGUUUUUUUGUACUGUGAAAUAAAUGAAGCUGAGUACAAUCUG